UGCCGCCCUUGUCCUCGAACUUGUCAUGGUCGUCGGUUCCCACGCCCUGACCGGAAGUAUCGCGCUCAUCAACAUCAAUGGCGGCCACGUCUGCUCCAUCGUUUUCUCGGCUGUCUCUGCCAUCAUCCUCCUGAUCCUCGCCAUCCCGCCGUCGUUCUCUGAAGUCGCCAUCCUGGGUUACAUCGACUUUGCAUCCAUUCUGAUCGCGAUCGGCAUUACCAUCAUUGCGACCGGUAUCCAAGCCGGCGACCAGACCGGCGGGAUGACCGCUGUCGACUGGUCCGCUUGGCCUAAAGAGAACCUUACCUUCUCUGAAGCCUUUGUCGCCGUGUCCAACGUCAUCUUCGCGUUCAGCUUCGCCAUCGGCCAAUUCUCCUUUAUGGACGAAAUGCACACACCUACAGAGUACAUGAAGUCUAUCUGGGCAUCCGGCACAAUCCAGAUCUGCAUCUACACACUCACCGGCGCGCUCUGCUACGCCUUCAUCGGCAAAGACGUGCAAUCACCCGCGCUCCUGUCCGCCGGCCCCCUAAUCUCCAAGAUCGCCUUCGGCAUCGCGCUGCCCGUGAUCUUUAUCUCUGGCUCGAUUAACACCACCGUCGCCCUGCGCUAUAUCCACGGCCGCAUGUUCAAGAACUCCGUCCUGCGCUACAUCAACACCGCCGCCGGCUGGGCGUCCUGGAUCGUACUCGUCACCAUCUUCACCAUCAUCGCGUGGAUCAUCGCUGAGGCUAUCCCUAUCUUCUCCGACCUGCUGUCGCUCGCAUCCGCGCUGUUCGUGUCUGGCUUCUCGUUCUGGAUCCCCGCGGUCAUGUGGUACUGCUUGCUACGCACUGGCAGCCCGUUCGCGCGGGAGAACUUGGCGACCAGCGCGGCGUGCUUGCUCGCAUUCAUCAUCGGGAUUGUGACGUUGGGUGCUGGGUCGUAUGCGACGAUUGCGGAUAUCAUUAAGCUGACGAAUACGGGGAGUGCGCACAAGCCGUUUACGUGCCGAUCGGCUUAGAAGAGUAGAUAGGAGGGCGAGGAGCUCGCCAUGUUAAUGCAUAAUGUCCCUACUU